AUGCUUACAUCAAAAGCUAGUCCAAGUCCCGAUAUGAGACGACAAUCAAUACGAUCACAAUUUAAUACACCGAAGACUAAUCCUACAUUAUCAUGUCUAUCGCCAUCACUUUCUACUGUAUCUUCGUAUUCCAAUCUUAGAAGACCUUCAAGGCCUCGACGUACAUCUAUCAGUUCAACGACUAGCGGUAAUUCUACAUCCUCAUUAACUUCUGUAUCGACCACAUCCUCUACCAUCAAGAAACGAUUUUUUUCAUCAUCUUCAAAUAAUGGAUACACUCUAGAGAAAACCUCUUCACAGAGAUAUACUGGAACCAUUACUGUAGCAAUUCGAAUUAAACCAAUAGCAGAGUUAAUUCCUCAGUGGACUGCAAUAAAUUCAAACCAAAUUUCACAUCCUGAUCAUGGAGACUUCACAUUUGAUCAUGUUUUUAGCCCUCAAUGCGAUAAUCAUACAAUUUUUAAUCAAAUUGGAUCAGAAUUAGUUGAUAAAUUAUUUGAUGGAUUUAAUUCUACGCUUUUUGCUUACGGUAUGACAGGUUCUGGAAAAACUUAUACUAUGCUUGGUGAGGGAUAUACUGAAAAAGGGAUUGUAGAAUUAUGUGGAUCAUACUUAUUCGAUAAAACAGAAAAUGAUCCUAAUCAUAGAUUCAAUAUAACUGUAUCGUAUUUAGAAAUAUACAAUGAAAAGAUUCAUGAUUUAUUAGAUCCAACCAAGAAUAACGAAAAUUUAAAAUUAAGAGGGGAUCAUACAAUACAAGGUAAUGGAAUUCAUGUUGCUGGAUUGACAGAAAGAAAUUGCCAAGAUUGUAAUGAACUUAUGAAAUGGGUCAAAAUGGGUGAAUUAUCCCGUAAAACUGGAAAAACAGAUUAUAAUAUAAGAAGUUCUCGCUCCCAUGCCAUUAUUCAAAUCAAAUUAAUUUCAACCGACACUUAUACUAGCACAAUUAGAAGUAAUAUACUGUCUUUAUGCGAUUUAGCUGGUUCUGAAAGAGCCAGUGGACAAAUAGAAAGAAGAAAAGAAGGUGCAUAUAUAAACAAAUCUUUAUUAGCACUUGGUACAGUAAUCUCUAAAUUAAGUGCUGAAUCAAACAUAAAAGAAAAUGUAAGUAGUAGUUCUAAUACUAAUAAUGGUUUGAGCCAUAUUCCCUAUAGAGAUUCAAAAUUGACAAGAUUAUUACAACCUGCACUAAGCGGCAAUAGUAUAAUAACCACAAUAUGUACAAUUGACCCUAAAAAGGAUGCAUAUGCAGAAACAAUAAAUACAUUAAGAUUUGGUUCUAGAGCUAAAAAUGUGUCCUUAAGUAUAUCUAAAAGAUCUAUCAAUGCUGGUUUGGCAUACAAUGGUAAUAUGAAUAACAAUACAUCUGAUUUAGAAAAAGAUCGAAAAAUCAGGGAAUUAACGAAUUUAGUAAAAGAACAUGAAAAUACUAUCCAGGAAUUAAAACAGAAUAUAAUGAUUCCUCAAUUUAUUGAUAGAGGUUUGAUGAUAAGUUAUGAAAACCCUAAUUCAAAUUCAAAGUUUGUAGAGACUAAUCUAAGCAAUGAAAAUCUAGUUUUUGAAAACAAGUUAUUAAAGGAUAAAAUACAACACUUAGAAAAAUUAUUAGAUAAGGAUGUUUUAGAACUACAAGACACUCAGAUUGUGGAGAUUGUAGAAAUGUUACCUAUAGAAGUUGGAGGACUAUUGGAGACAAAGGUUCAAGGUUUAGAAUCAGAGAUUAGACAAUAUAAAUUAUAUACUAAACAAUUAGAAGAUAAAUUAUUUCAACUCCAACAGAAGAACCAAGAACACAAGUGCAAAGAAAAUCUUAACACCGAAAGUGUAAGUCCUGCAUCAGAUUUGGAUUAUAAUAAUCGAUAUAAAGAGUUCGAAGAUUUAAUACAAUUGAAAGAAGAUAAAAUAAAUGACUUACAAAAAAUGUUAGAACGGAAAGAUAUGAUGAUUGAAGCUUUGCAAAGUUCCAAGAGGAUUAGAGAUCGUACUUUUAACUCGAUGGCUAAUGAUUAUAGCGAUCCAACUGCAUAA